CUGAAAAUAACCCGAUCAGCUGAUGUGCAGUGACAACAACAGCAACCAGAGAAACCGAACAAGGAGGGUGUAUACUUUUAAUACAAAAACAAUGGCUCUUGAUCAGUGCUGGCAUUUUUAAAAUCAAAAUUUUUGCUGUCUUGAAACGUGUUUGAUAUUUGUAUUUCUCAGGAAAACGCGCUCCUUAUUUUAAAACGUACAGCAGUUACGGUAUCCCCGAGUCACUCGGUCGCUUCUUUUUCCUGUGUUGUUUUUACAAGGGGUUGUGCCGGGAGACUUGUUUUGCCGUUGUGUAAAAAUAAGUCUUCGGUUUUCCUUUUUUUUGUGUUCAGUUUCUUUGAUACGCACCUGUUUUAAUUGAUGUGCGUUUCUUUCUCAAACUACACGAACGUCAUAAGUAAAAGAAAGGAGUUGUGAAUUAUAAGAAAACACUUCACUUUCCUUUCGUUAAGAAAAUAGAAUAAAAAAAACACAUUAAAAAGAAAUCUAAAUGUCAAAAAAAGGCUGUUUUAUUUAACAAUUUCAGGGGGAAUAUUUGUGUGUCAGACAAUGUUCUAGUUAGAUUAUAAAAUAAAUCGAACACAACAUAGCAGUGCUUGCCUUUGUAAAAUGGUGCUUUCUCAAAAUAAAACCUAGGAAUGAUGCAGUCUGACUGGGUAUGUUGAUUUAUGUUAUUGUUUAGGACUUCUUGACAAAAGUGUUGCUGCACGCUUUUAUCUUAGUUUUGAUAAGUCAACUUAUGUGUGGUUGAAAGUAAAAAAAAACAAAAAAAACAACAGGACUGGUUUAGUGUUCCUUGCUUGUGGAUAUAUUGAACGGAUACAAGCAAUGCAAUAAGUAUUUGGAGGACUUGUUGUAAACUAGUGACUAAUAAUAAUAACAGGAAUAAUAUUAGUAAAAAACAUCACCGUUGUACCACAAGUGAUUGUCUUAUAGAGCCUUACGUUUUUAAUGUUCUUUGUACACUAUUUUUAAUUUUUUUGUUGUUGUUAAAAGGGAUUAUUUAUGUUUAGUAAUAUUAAUAAUAGAUUAAAACAAAAUAAAAUACAUACUUGACUUGUGAGAACCAAACAAGGGUGACAUAGGAUUCAGACCCUCUGUAGCAGAACAAGUUUGUCUUUUAUUAGUAGUACUGGUACUUUUAAUUUAUAUAUCGAUUAUUUAUAUAGUGUAAGGAUUGAAUUUCAGUGUAGCAAUGAGUGCCCAAGCUCCGUCCUCAGAGAAAGGAGUGAACACUGGCCUGGUGUGCCAGGAGAGCUAUGCCUGUGGUGGCUCAGAAGAAGCCAUGUUCGAGUGUGAUGAGUGUGGGAGCCUGCAGUGCCAGCGAUGUGAACUGGAGCUGCACCGUCAGGACCGGCUCAAGAAUCACGAGCGGGUCCGCAUCGGGCCAGGACACGUCCCCUACUGCGACACCUGCAAGGGGGCCAGUGGCAGUCCGGGGUUUGGGCACCGACAGAGAGCAACCUUCAGGUGCCAGGGAUGCAAGACCAAUCUGUGCGCCGACUGCCAGAAGCGCACCCACAGCGGGGUGAACAAGAGGAAGCACCCCAUCAGCGCCUACCCCCCCAGCAAGGCCACGGAGGAGGCAGCAGCCGUAAAUGAGGGAGAGGCCCAGAAGAGACGGCUCCUCGAGAGGGUCCGCUGCUUCCUCCUGGUGGAUGAGAACGAGGAGAUCCAGGUCAGAGACGAGGAAGAAUUUGCCAAGAAGCUGGACUGCAACCAGGACGAGCAUCUCAAAGUGGUGUCAAUUUUCGGGAAUACGGGUGAGGGCAAGUCCCACACGCUGAACCACACCUUCUUCAUGGGCAGAGAGGUGUUCCAGACCUCUCCCGCCCAGGAGUCCUGCACUGUGGGGGUGUGGGCAGCUCUGGACCCCCUGCACAGAGUGGUGGUGAUGGACACGGAGGGGCUGCUGGGCACCAGCUCAAACCUGGGCCAGCGCACCCGGCUGCUGCUCAAGGUCCUGGCGGUGUCGGACUUGGUGAUCUACCGCACGCACGCUGACCGGCUGCACGAUGACCUCUUCAAGUUUCUGGGCGAUGCCUCGGACGCCUACCUGAAGUACUUCACCAAGGAGCUGAAGGCCACCACUGCCCGCUUUGGCCUGGAUGUACCUCUGUCCUCUCUGGGGCCGGCGGUCAUCAUCUUCCAUGAGACAGUGCACACCACACUGCUGGGCUCAGGUAAGCUUUUAAAAACAGUUUUAAAAGCUGAAUGCAUAUUUUUUUUUUUUUAGCUCAACAUCUUGUCUCAUUCCUGACUGGUGGCUUUACAAGCUACUUCAUAUGCCCACCUUGUGCAAUCAGCUGGAGGCUGUGUUAACAGUGUGUUUUCAACUGGAUUGUGCAACUUGUACUGCC